CGCGACGAGCACAACACGCGAGAUGGCAGGCUUCUUCCGUGUCAGCGACAAGCCCGACUGGAUGCCAAGCUCCACACUCGCAUACAGUGCGGAUGGGUCCCACGCUUCAUCACUGCAGCAAGACGAGAAAGAACAGCAGCAGGAUGAGCCACGAAAGCUCAACCCAGCUGAGACGGACGUCUUGCGGCGCUGCUUAGCCUUCUUGGGCUUCCGCCUCCUGAUCAUUGAGGCAACAAGGAACGCGUUGACCAGCGACGAGAGGAAAGCUUUGGCCAGCAAAGAGAGCGCUGUCUCGCUGGAAGAUGUCAUUCGCGAUGCAUCGGAAUCGGACGAGGCCUUUGCUGCCCGCUACCCUGAGGGCGUCAAUUUCAAGCGGGUGGACCUCCAGCAGCAGUUUAAGCGCAUUCCGUAUCGCGUACAUAAGGUCAUUGGUAUGAUCCCGGAUGAUCUGAAACGGAAGCUUGAGGCAGCCAUCAGCAGCUUUGAUGAAGCGACUGUUGAGGCCGCGUUGAGGAGGGUUGGUGCCAUGUGUGCAGCCCCAACGAUUGACAGCAACCUCAAGCAGCAGCGCGCAGACCUGUGGCGGCCGCUUCCGCCAAGCGUGGUGGGGAAGAUUGCCAGAGACAUGGCAGCGCCCCGCAGCCAGGCUUCAACCUCAUCGUCCCGGUCUUCGAGCUGUAAGUUUGAAAUCACGGAUGAGGAGAGGACGAUUGUCAUGAACGACCGGAUGUUUGGCGAAGUGGAUGCACGCGUGUUCCGUGCCACGAAGCGGAUCAAGGACGAGUUGACCGCCAGCAUCGCCUCCUGCACCGAAACAUGGCCCAGGCUGGAUACGGACUACGAAAGCCUCUUCCUGACGGAAUUCAGCCACUACCUGCAGCGCUACUGCGGUCAGCGCGAGUGGACACGCACUCUGCACUUCUUCACGCAGGCGCCAUUCAAAGACAAUCCAGCUUAUGCCGUGGACCUGUGCGUGACCAAUGGCAGCGGAGACCCUUAUGUCUUCAAUCUCAUCUUCGAGAUCAAGAAAUGUGGCCUCCCGCUUGACGAAUUGGAGGCCAUGACUCAGCUUGACGAGUGUGCAGCCCAUGCAAUGAAGGCGCUCCCACGCCGCGUUGUUGGGCUGCCCUUCCCCUUUGGCAUCACCGUCACUGGCUACACCGUCAGUGUCUUCGCAUAUGUCUUGACCCACGACGACCAGGACCUGGAAAAGAUUUAUCGCAUCCCGCUUCUCAAAGACGCGGAGAUUGAGACCAUGCCGGCCAUCCUCGACGUCCUGCUGAGCAAGGAGCGCAUCGCCUAUUUCCAGGCCCUGUCCCGCCACAUGGACGGCGAGAGCUCCGACAACGCCAGCGACGACGGCGACGCCACGCAUCAGUUGGCACCGCUGCAUCUGGACGAUGGCGCGGACGCGUAUGCGUGCCCACCGCUGUACGGCGUUGCGAAGAAGGACUGGCCGUGCGAGGAUCGCGCUCUAGCCGAGCAUCGUCUGUUCGUCACCGGAUUCUACGCGCCGCUGCCCAACGUGCGCAUCUUCAACAACCGCGUGCUGAAGGAGGUGCCAGAACGCGAUGCAGACAACAUCCUGAACGCCUGGAAGACUGCCCAUCCAGGGUGCGAUGUAGCGGGUACGGUGCGCGUGUCGCAGUCCGAGCAUUAUUACUUCUGUGACACGUCCCGACGGAAGCGCGUACUCGAGCUUCCAUUCUUGGGCAGCAUGUGGGUGGACCAGCGGCCAACGCGGAUUGAGCAGAUUGACGAGCCUGUGCAACAGCUGCUGCGCCUGCUGCGCGCCGGGCUGUGCCACACGGAUGUCCGGUGUGAGAACCUGACGAUUGGUCCGGAUGGGCGCACCAGCAUCAUCGACUUUGACAUGUGCCAGGAGCUGGGCACGGAUCUGCCCUCCGGCCUCAUCACGGAAUACCUGGAGCGGCCAGCGCGCGUGUUUGACCGCAUGCGCAGGCUCAAGCGAGAGGCAGGCGAUGAUUUCGAGUCCCUUAUCCUCUCGUGGGCACGAGCACGCUCCACGGGCCCAAGCAUGUUUAGUGGCCGAGAGUUUGCUCAGCAGGUUUUCUGUGCGCGGGAGCGUGUUGUUGGGCUGCUGACGAAGGAGCGGGGCCGGCUGUUGGCGGAGGGGGCCGACGACGCGAUUGUGCAACGUGUCGACGCCGCCAUUCACAGGUGCGAGAGGGCCACCCUGUUUGCCUGAUGGUCGCACUGAACGGUGAUGUUUGAUGGUGAUUGAUGGCGGUAGUGGUGAUGGUGGUGACUUAUGAUGUGAUUUGUUGAUGGUGGCGGUAUUUGUUUGUGGUGAAUGAUGUGAUUUAUCGAUGGUGGCUGCUGAUGGUGGUUGUGAAUGAUGAUGCUACUUCUUAAUGAGGGUCUUACGCUGAUUGCUAUUCGUAUUCAAUGAUGUUUAUGUCUGAACGUGACUGACAAUAAACGUCGACGAGCUG